AUGCCUCCUCUACCACCCUCACGGCGUGGACAGAACAAUGUCCGACCGGAUCAGAUGGUCGACCUCAGCCGGAGGAUCGCAGAGAACGCCUACCACAAGAAGUUCAACCCCAGCGGCAUCGUCGACCUGGGCUCCGCGAAGAACGAGCUGAUGAUCGACGAGCUUCAGACCUGGCUGGCGAGACAUGACGACGAGAAGGACAAGGCCGAGUAUCUGAAGUACAACGACACACAGUGCUCUCCUGCGCUCCCGGCCGCGGCCGCAGAGUUCAUGAACCACUUCUUCAGCCCCAGGAUCUUGCUUACCUCUUCCAACGUCCUUGCUGGGAAUGGCGUGACCGCCCUGCUGGACACCCUUUUCUUCAACCUCGCCGACGAGGGCGAGGUCGUGCUCUAUCCGACGCCGAGCUACGGCAUGUUCAACCACGAUGUAACCACACGCAACGGCAUCCAUCUCAUUGGAGUUCCUUGCGACGACAUCACCGAGGCGCGCUUCCGGCAGCACAUCCGCCCCGGUAGGCCGCAGCCGGAGCUGAUCAACCGGCUGGAGACCGCCGCCGCCGAGCAGCGCCGCCUGGGGAGGCGUGUCGCCGCGCUACUCAUCGCGAACCCGGACAACCCGCACGCCCGCUGCUAUACCGCGGAGCUGCUGCGGUACAUGGUCGACUUCUGCCAGCGCGAGUCGAUGCAUUUCGUCGUGGACGAGAUCUACGCGCUCAGCGGAGGCGCCGAAUUCACAAGUGUGUUGAGCCUGGACCUGCGUGACGCUGCCGGGAAUGUGCAUGUACUAUGGGGCAUGUCUAAGGACUUUGGAAUGGGCGGUUGUCGGGUUGGCUUCCUUGCCACGUACAAUGAGAGGCUCUACCAGUCGAUGCGGACUGUGAGUAUGUUCACCUGGAUUUCGGCAUAUGGUGGCAUCACAGCCACGACGGUGUUAUCAAAUCCCAAAUACGUCCGGAGGAGGUACCUGCCCGUGUACCAAAAAGCCCUGAACAAACGAAGGAAACAGCUCGACGAGUUCCUGGCUGGCAACCUGAUCCGAUAUACCAACCCCGACGCGGCCUUCUUCGCCUUUGUCGACCUUUCUAGCUGGCUGUCAAACGUCGAGGGCGACAGUGACAAGGAGCGCGAGGUCGCCCUGCUCGAGUACCUGAUGGCUCGUGGGGUGUUCCUUGAGCCCGGCAGCGCCUUCUCAGCAAAGGUGCCGGGGAGUUUCCGCUUGAACUACGGCACAGAGGAGUUCAUCUUCAAGCUUGGGUUGAAGCGACUUGCCUUGGCCCUCAAGGAGCUGGAAGAGGAAGACAAGGAGUCGUUAAGGAAAGAGGCCAAGGCAUCGCGGACGAGCUUGUUGUGUUUUAAAUGA